CCUUGCCUCAUAGCACCGAGGUAAAAUGAAAAAAUAGUCUUCUUCUACGAUUAUUUCCCUCUGCCAACAAUAUUCAGUCAAUCACUGCUUCCAUUUUCCAAGCUCCUCGUGCCCUCCUUCCCUCUGCCAACCACGUUCGUGCACCUUCUUUUUCAAAUCCCCCGACCCCUCAGUAUACGCAUCAUCUUAAUUAACCUCGCAAACAUUCUGAGAAAAUUGAAAAGUUUCUCUCCGGUGCUCGCCGAUCGAUAACUGCUCUCUAUCUAGUUCUUGUUUUUGGUCAUAUGUUUGUAGGUUUGUGAUAUUAAUCUAUUCGGCAGCUCGAACUGUUGGAGUUUCAAUUAUUGCGAAGAGACGGGAUUUGUGUAAAUGCAGAUUGAUGCAGAAAUGCAAGAUGCGAACAGUACUGUCCAGAUCUCGAAGCCAGUGGCGUCGAGGCCCUCUCGCAGCUUUAGUUUCUUCCCCGAGCUCCUCCCCAUGAGUAGUUCUCUUGCACCCCUUGCCGAUCAUCAAAGACCAACAGCCAUCGAGCCGAAGACUACCAGAUUUGGAUCCGCGUCAAAUGACUCUGCAGCUAAAGCCGUCGCACUGAUGGACGAUGCGUCGGAAACGAAGGAAACAAGAACAAAUACAGUGUUCAAGCCGACAGCGAAAUCGUUUUCUCGGGCCACUGCUUCUCUCCUCCUGUCAAAUCUGGCAAGCAUUAUUGGUUCCACUCGGCAACAGCCAGUCACAAAUCUUAAUCCGUUUGUGCAACAUGAACUGAACCAAGAAAUGGACGCGAGAAAUCAACAGCAGAUCAGGAAGCAAGAUCGGCCGUCGUCCUGUGACGGCUACAACUGGAGAAAGUACGGGCAAAAGCAAGUGAAAGGGAGCGAGUACCCGCGGAGCUACUACAAAUGCACGCAUCCCACAUGCUCUGUUAAGAAGAUAGUCGAGAGAUCGUUUGACGGGCAGAUCGCUGAGAUUGUGUACAAAGGCGACCACAACCACCCGAAGCCUCGACCUCCGAAGCGACGACUCUCGUCGGGUUCGCAGGAGCAGGCCUUCGUCGCCGACGAGAAUAGCAGAUCAGAGACGGGCAAUCUGCAGUCAUGGAGUACUACUGGUUCGCUGUUGCUAGAGGUAAACCCCAUGGGAUUGUCCUCCUGCAGGAUUCCGACGCCUUCUGUACAGGUGGAUUUGCCCGAUGAUCGUCGGAUCGAUACCGAUUGCCGGCGCAGCAACGCCGACAAGGUCGCUAACUCUACUGAUGUAGGGGAUUCAGACGCUGCCUUCUCCCUUCGUGACGCCACAGCUCAGAUGCGCCGUCGUCCUCACCUCGUAACAUCUCACGCUCACGCACGCCGCCAUAGGGGACUCCUCUUCCCCUUCUCUUGCCGUGAGAGCCACUGUCGCCAAGCCCGUACCGCCGCUGCCGGCCUUAUCACCCUCGCUGCCUUUUGCCCUCCACUGUACUAUGUGGCCGGCAAUCCUGCUCUUUCUCUCUCCCCCCUUCAUCUCACUAGUAGUUGUCCGUGAUUUAUUUCCUCUGUGUUGACCCUGAUAUGAAUUGGCGGGGACGUUGGGGCGAACGUAUUCGCCUAUGCCACAACUGUAGUCGAAAAUAAGUAAAUCUUUGGAUCCUGUGCAACUCACCCCAUCAUCAUUUGCCC